CCGCCGCAUUGUGGGAGUUGCGGUUCGUGGGCAGUCCCGGCGCUGGAGCUUCCGCGGCCUGGAGCUAAUAGCAAGACCUGCCCUUCCAGCUCCUCUCCUCAUGUGCUUGUCUGAGUGGGCCCGCAGUGACCCAGAGUGAAUUUGCCAUUGGCCCAACAUGAACUGGAAGGUCCUUGAACACGUGCCCCUGCUACUGUAUAUCUUGGCAGCCAAAACCUUAAUUCUCUGCCUGGCAUUUGCCGGAGUCAAAAUAUACCAAAGGAAAAGGUUGGAAGCGAAACAGCAAAAACUGGAAGCUGAGAAAAAGCAGCAGUCCGAGAAGAAAGAGAACUAAAGGGAAACCAGAGGUCCUGGGACUUCGCACAUGCGGAAUGUCCGAAUUUGCAAUUUAAAUGUCAGCCUGAGUGGAUUCCAGCUGAGAAGAAAGACGAGACAAUUACUGAAUGAUGUGUCAGAGGAUAAACUCCCAACCUAUAGGGUUAACUAAAAAUUAUAUGAACUUUUUUAUGCUCUUAAAAGAACCCGUAUUUUGUUUACUAAA